AAUUAAAGAGAAAAUAAUAACGCUCUCUGGUUCCUACUCGGGGGAAUGAGUGCAGUGCUCAUUUCGCCUUCUCUCGGAAGCCAAAAUCAUGACCAAGAAGCCAAGUCGAGGAAGAAGCAGAGCAAAUAGAGGCUAGAAAAGGGCAAAAAAAAAAUAGAAGAGAAAGCAGGAGCUUCUCGCCAAAGUCUUCUCCACCACCUUCCAACUUCUCCUUUCUUUGCUGUUCCGCCAUUAAAGCACUCACGGCCUUCCCACGAGAAGGCAACCUGUAAAACCCCCUCUCUUUUUCUCUCUCCAUCCCCAGUCCCCACCAUUCUUUCACGGAUAAAGCCCACAAAGAGAUAUAUACUGCUUUUCCUUUAAAUCCCAACUCCCAUUGCCCUCUUCCACCAUAUAUCGUAGUUUGAGGAAGGAGAAGAGUGAUAAGCGGUGUCAUGGGGGAAGGAGUCGUCGCAGUUGUACGCGGCGUUUUUAGUAGCCUGUUUCUGGUAUUUUUGUUGUUGUUUUCUGGGUCGUCGCUUGUGAAGAAGGCAUGGGCGAUUCUGGAUCCGGUGGACUUCUUGGCUCUGCAGGCGGUCGGGAAGUCGCUGGAGGACAUGCCGGGGUCGGCGUUCUUCGCCGGGUGGGACUUCACCGGCGACCCCUGCGGCUUCCCGGGGGUCUUCUGCGCCGGGGACAGGGUCGUCGCGCUGGCCCUCGGCGACCCCCGCGCCGGGUCCCCGGGCCUCUCCGGCCGCCUCGACCCCGCUCUCGGGCGCCUCUCUGCCCUCGCCGAGCUCUCCCUCGUACCCGGCCGCGUCGUCGGCUCCAUCCCGGACUCGCUCUCCCUCUGCUCCGACCUCCGCUUCCUCGCCCUUAGCAAGAACUUCCUCUCCGGCCCCAUCCCUGACUCCCUCGGCUCCCUCCGACGCCUCCGAACUCUCGACCUCAGCUACAACCAGCUCUCCGGCUCCAUCCCUCCCUCCCUUCCCUCCAUUCCAGCUAUGGCCAACCUCGUUCUCUGCCACAACCGCCUCUCCGGCUCCAUCCCGGCCUUCCCCGACUCCGCGCCGCUCCUCCGGAUGGAUCUCAAGCACAACGACCUCUCCGGCCCGGUCCCGGCACUGCCGUCGGCUCUCCGGUACCUCUCCCUCUCCUCGAACCGGCUCGCCGGCCGAGUCGACGGGGUGCUCCCCCGGCUGACCCGGCUCAGCUACCUGGACCUCAGCAUGAACCAGCUGGAGGGCCCCAUUCCGGGCUGCGUCUUCUCCUUCCCCCUGCAAUCCCUCCAGCUGCAGCGCAACUUCUUCUCCGGCCCGGUGGCGCCGUCGGCGGCGCCGUCGGAGGUGGCGAUCCCGGUGGUGGACUUGAGUUACAACCGGUUCUGGGGGCCGGUGCCGCCGCAGCUGGCGGCGGUGGGGAGGCUGUAUCUGAACAAUAAUCGGUUCACCGGCGAGGUGCCGGGGAGGCUGGUGCAGGGGUUGAUGGGGGGAAUGCAGCUGCUGUACCUGCAGCACAAUUAUCUGACCGGGGUGGAGAUCAGCCCGGCGGCGGCAAUCCCGGUCGGUGCGUCGCUUUGCUUGCAGUAUAAUUGCAUGGUGCCGCCGGUCGACGCCCCCUGCCCGCUCAAGGCCGGCACGCAGAAGACCCGGCCUACCGACCAGUGCCCGGAGUGGCAGGGAUGAUGGAAACGGGGGAAGAAAGAAAAAAAAAAGAUGAACCAAAAGAGGAAGAAAACAACAGAGAAUUUAAUCUUAUUAUACUAUUCUUUUAUUUAAUUUGGAUGUAUUUUUUGGGUGUGGAGGAAGGAUGACGAUGAGGAGAAAUAAGGCAUGAUUGUGAAGAUUUUGUGUGAAGUUGGUGUUAAGAUGUUAUUAAAGUUAUAUAUAAUGAUGUGAUUUUAAUGAUAUGUGCAUGGUAUAAUUGUAAUGAGUAGAAAUGCUGGAUUUA